CUGCAACUGUUCCUGUAUCAAACCGUCGCAAGCGCAAACAUGGCGAGCGCAAGACACUGGGAUCAGGACAAAGACGCGACCGUCUACGUCGGCAACCUCGACGAGCGCGUGACAGACCAGUUGGUAUGGGAGCUGAUGCUCCAGGCCGGGCGCAUCUCAAAUGUCCAUAUGCCCAAGGAUCGAGUCACCCAGACCCACCAAGGCUACGGUUUCGUCGAAUUCAACACUGAGGAGGACGCCGACUAUGCCAUCAAAAUCAUGAACACUGUCCGAGUCUACGGCAAGCCUCUCCGGGUCAACAAGGCAUCAGCAGACAAGCAGAAGACAGUCGAAGUUGUUGGCGCGGAGCUUUUUGUCGGAAACCUUGAUCCUAUGGUGGACGAGAAGGUGCUCCUGGACACAUUUGGGCGAUUCGGGCCUUUGAUGCAACCGCCGAAGGUCGCUCGCGAUGAUUCCAACCUGUCCAAGGGCUACGGCUUCGUCUCGUUCGCCGAUUUUGACGCCUCCGACGCGGCCAUCCAGAACAUGCACGGCCAAUAUCUGAUGAACAAAGAGAUCUCCGUCCAGUACGCCUACAAGAAGGACGGCAAGGGCGAGCGACACGGCGACGAAGCAGAGCGCAUGUUAGCGGCACAGGCCCGGAAGAAUAACGUCCAGCCCGUAGUACAACCAUUCCCCGCGCAGGUAUUCGCACCUCCCGCGCCAUCUGCAAUGUUAAUGGGUGAUGGUCGCAUGAACGGAGGCCCUCCAGCUGGCUUUGGAAUGGUUCCCCACCACGGAAACUUCAACAGCGUCCCGCCGCCACACCAGCAGCGGCCGAUGUCGAAUACCCCGCUCCCGCCGCCGCCAGCUGGUCUGCCCGCAAGACCACCUCAGUCAAAUGCGGGAUACGGAGGACCCACCAACUUCCAGCCCCCAGGCUUCCCUGGACCUCCACCUCCGGCCGGCUUUGGGCCACCUCCUGGAAUGCCCGCGGGCUUCAACCCACCACCAGGAUUCCCCAGACGGUAGCUCUGACCUGAUGGUAUGUCCACAAAGCAUUCUCUUUUCCUGCAUGUGUAUGGCGUCAGAGCGGCGUCUGGGUGACCCUAGAGGACUUUAAGGAAUGUCAAAAGGUUGGUAGACGGGGCGCGAAUUGCAUAGGCCUACAGCCGCGAUAGCGAAAGUCACCAAAAUGAAAGACGUUUUGAUGCUCAAUUGCC